GUGCACUCUGUAGUUAUAAUGAUGUUUGGAGAGCCCUUGUUUAAGCAACACUCGGGAAAGUGACAUUUUUAUAAACUCCUGAUUUAAAGCCAAAUUAGCCCAAAACACUUUCUUUGUAUUUCUCUUUGCCUCUUCCUCUUCUGUCUGGUAUAUGUUUGCGGGAAUAGAGCUUCUGUUUCUGCAUCAUUUUGUUUCAGACAUUCAAUCAUAUGUGCCUUCAACCUUGAACAAAACAGCAAUUUUCCUUAUUAAUCAUUGUCUCCUUCACUCUUCUACUCAAUAGCUUCCACAGUUCCACCCCCGCCCCUGAAAAAUUCCAACUUUUUUCUUCGUCUGUCUAUCCUUUUUAUCUCCCCCCAUUGAACCAGACAUGGCUGGAGUCGAAGAUAAUACCUUAUGGAUAGAACCCUCUCAAUCCAUGAGAAAAAUGAAGUCACUGUUCAAUACCAGCCGCAGCAGCUUAUUAGGCAUUAUGGAUUUGUGAAGCGGGCUGCCAGUGAUUCUUCAAGAAAACAAAAACCCUUUUCACAGCUGAGAUUCUGGGCUUCAAAAUCACUCAGAAACUGGUCUGGCAGAGGUAAAAUGUCUAUUGGGCUCGAAAGUGAGCGGUUUCGUUUCAAUGGUAUGGUAGUGAAUAAUUCUGUUUAUUGUGCUUCACCUUGCUCAUUAGACGACAAGAUGGAGUCUUUGACAGAGAAUAAGGAAGGAUUGAAAGAUAACAAUCAUAUGGAUGGUAGUUGUGACAAUGAGCGUGCGGGUAAUGUGGCAAAUGAGUAUUCUUCUGGGGAAAGUAGUACGAGUUCUGUAUUUUUGGGGUCUGAAACAACUGUAAAUGAUGAACAGAGCAGUAGUACUGGGGAUUCAUCUUCGCCACCUUCAAUGGUUUGGCCUAUUCUGAAAGAUGAAGCACCGUAUUGUGCCACUUCUGAUUUAGUAACCGAAAAACUGGAAAAACCUCACUCCAAUAGAAGGAAGCUGGAGAAACAAGUGUCAUCAUUAUCAGAGAUUGAUAUGAUGAAAGAAAGGUUUGCUAAAUUGCUGCUUGGAGAAGAUAUGUCUGGUUGUGGAAAUGGGGUUUCCACAGCUUUAGCUAUAUCUAAUGCAAUUACCAAUCUCUGUGCUACUGUUUUUGGGCAAAUUUGGAGAUUAGAACCACUUCCUCUUGAAAAGAAAUUAAUGUGGAGAAGAGAAAUGGAAUGGCUUCUUUCUGUUAGUGAUCACAUUGUGGAGUUGAUACCAUCUUUGCAGACCUUCCCAGAUGGAAGCACACUAGAGGUUAUGACCUCCAGACCGCGUUCUGAUCUCUUUGUUAACCUCCCUGCCCUACGGAAAUUGGAUAAUAUGCUUCUUGAAAUAUUGGACAGUUUCGAAAAUACAGAUUUCUGGUAUAUUGACCAGGGGAUCAUAACUCUGGAAGAAAAUGGAUCGUCGUCUUUCAGGAAACCCCUCCCUCGUCAAGAAGAUAAAUGGUGGCUUCCAGUGCCUAGAGUUCCUACAGGCGGCCUCAGUGAGAAUGCAAGAAAGUUGUUGCAUCAUAGACGCGACUGUACCAGCCAAAUUCUCAAGGCUGCCAUGGCAAUCAACAGUAUAGCUUUAGCUGAUAUGGAUGUUCCAGAAUCAUUUUUGGAAGCACUCCCAAAGAAUGCCAAAGCCACUUUAGGUGAUCUUAUAUACAAAUAUAUCAAUUCAGAGCAAUUUUCGCCAGAAUGUUUGCUCGACUGCCUUGAUUUGUCUUCAGAGCAUCAAGCUCUUGAUAUUGCAAACAGAGUGGAGGCUUCAAUUUAUGUCUGGCGCCGUAGAACCAGCUCAAAAUCCCUAAAUAGUACCAACAGGUCUAGCUCCAAGUCGUCGUGGGAGAUUGUCAAGGAUUUGGUUUCUGAUCUUGACAAGAGGGAGCAGCUUGCAGAAAGAGCAGAAAGCCUGCUGCUUUGCCUGAAACAUCGGUUUCCUGGUCUCUCCCAGAGCACCUUAGACAUGAGCAAAAUUCAAUAUAACAAGGAUGUUGGCAAAUCCAUCCUGGAGAGCUACUCAAGAGUGUUGGAGAGCCUGGCAUUCAAUAUUGUGGCUCGAAUAGAUGAUCUAUUUUAUGUGGACGACUUGACAAAGCAUUCCGAUCAGCCUUUGUCUAUCUCCAAAGUAGGUACAAUUUCUCACAGGAAUGUCGUGAUUGUGCCUUCUGCCUCCAGCACUCCAUACAGAACAGCUUUUAGUACACCAAAUCCACGGAUUAGCCCUGCCAAUGUUAAAAAAUCACCACUUCUUGACACCAAGCUUCCUCAUCGUGGGUUUGGUGUGAAGAAGGUCUUGACAGAAUAUCUGACUCUAGAUUCAAAGAGGAAUGACUUGACCAAUAUCAAUAUGAAACCCGAUUCAUCACCAUCAAGUACAAACCACGAGUCUUUGGCGACUCAAUCAGUGGACUCGUACGACUUUAGAGAGGCCACCAGCCCCCUGACACAUGAUUCACCUGGAGAAGACUAAACGCAGGGGACUCGUCAUCAUCGACUGAGUAUUGGUGUAACGUGCAUUUGGUUAUUGCGUCAUCAAUCAUUAUAAAUGGCUUUGAAACUGCUCGCAGUUUUACUAAUAGGCGUGGCCAGUUCGAGGAUCGCUGUUUUGCUAAAAAUGCUUUACUUUUUUGCUACAUUUUGUAGCUUCUUUUCUUGUAGAAUGUGUAGUUAAGUGCAGCGUAUGUAAUCUUUUUUCUUGGUUUUGGCACAUGUUAUAUGUGUAAUUUUUUUUUUCCCCUGAUACUGGCAGUGAUUCUGAGUUCAUACCAGGUGUAAUAAACUUUUAUCAGAAGCAUCCUUUAACAAUAUGAAUAGUAAUGAGUGGAUGCAAACAGAACUCAUUCUGUUGAAUGACUGCUUUCUUGUCAAGGAAAUGGGGGCUGAAACUGCCCCACUGUGAAACUGCUCAUAAUUACAGGAGUAGAAUUGCAGGGACCUCUUGUCCCUCGAAGCCAGAAUCAUUCGUUAACUCUUGCCUUAACAUGCGUUUGGGAUAAUGAUUCCAUCACAAAUGCUUCCAAUUAAUAUAGAUUUGGGAGCAUUUCAUGAUCAAUAAGUCGUUGUAGUAUAGUGGUAAGUAUUCCCGCCUGUCACGCGGGUGACCCGGGUUCGAUCCCCGGCAACGGCGUUUUUUUUUUGAUAAUUCUUCUGUUUUUUUUUUUUUUU